UUAUUAAUUGCUUGUUGUUGUUUGUUGUCCUUAAUUGUUUGUUUGUUUGUUUGUUUACAUUUGAGGGAGAGCAUCAAAAGAGGUGUGUAUGUUGAUGGGAUUGUUGAAGAAAUAGUCACCACGGCAACCGAGACAUACCAGGUAUUACUGAGGGGGUAUACUAACAGACGUGUUGCUGGUACUUCAAUGAACAGAGAGAGCAGUAGGAGCCAUGCUGUGUUCAUGCUAUCAGUCGAAUCUAAACUGAAGGAGGGUGAUGAUGGAUUGUGUAAGAUCAGGAGCUCAAAAUUGAAUUUAAUUGAUCUGGCAGGAUCAGAGAGACAGAGGGACACUCUUACUGAUGGAAUAAGACUAAAAGAGGCUGGUAGUAUCAACAAGUCCCUCUCAGUGUUGGGUAAUGUGAUAACCUCACUGGUGGAUAUCAGUAAU